CAAAUAAUACCCGCAUUUUUUCGCAGCACGAAAUUCAACCUACACAUUCUGCCUGUAUUUACUUAAUUAGCCUGUACAACUAGCAACACUAUUCACACCAUGUGGCCCUCAAGCUGGUCGGUGCAACUGCCGUCGUGGGCCGUGUCGAACUCGCUGCAGAAGCGGCUGGUCAAGUUUUUACUGCGGCGAACCGUUGGGCAGUUUCUCAAAACCGAGCUAGACGACGCCAACCUGGACGUACAGCUGAGCAGUGGGCAAAUGCAGCUGAAGAACGUUGAGCUUUCAGAGGAGUCGCUCAACGAUGCCAUUGCUGGGCUGCCCAUUGUUGUCAGCAGCGGACAAAUUGGCAGGAUAUCGGUGUCAAUUCCGUGGUCGCAGCUGUGGACAGGAAACUGCGAGCUGCAGAUAGAGGAGCUUGUUGUGAAAGCAAAGGUCAUCGACGAAGCAGAUCUGUCUGGCCCCUCAGGCAGCCCAGGGUCGGCAGACGGGGCUAGUCCCCAUGUGGGCAAGCCAAAUCUUGCCGAGUCUGUGGCGAUGAUGACGGAGGGCGGAGCGUCUAUCCUGACCUCGUCGGUGUUUAUCGCAGACGACUUUUUGCGAGGCGAGUCGCUGGGCUACGAGGAUGUAUUCCUCAACAAGGACGUUGAGCGCAUGGUGGCCAAUGCGCAUGAGGAGCGCGCGCAGUAUUAUUCGCGCACACAGUCAGCGGAUGUGCAUGCGACCGGCAAGAAGCAGUCCCCGUGGCCAAAUAAUCUGCAAGCCGGGCUCCAGGAUAUUGAUGACUUGCCAGCCCCCGAGGAGCCCGGUGGCUCUAUCCAGGGCCUACAGGUUGUCAGUGAGAUGGUCGAUAGGAUUAUUUCGGCAGUCAAUAUCCGCGUCAAGACCGUGCGUGUGGAGUGUGCGAUGCCGGGGAGGGGUGGCAGACGUGAGGGCUCGACUGUUAAGGUGACCGUGGAUAGCGUGGAGUUCAAGGACGAGCGUGCCCGGGAUAGAGCUGAGAGAAGGGCGAAGAAGGCAGAGCCAGAAAGCGCUCCUGUAACGUCGUCGACCCCCGACGGCCAUCCAGCCGGGAUCGAGUACAAGGUGGUCGAGUUCCACACCCUAUCCAAGGUGCUGGAGAUCCAGGGUCUGCACGUGUAUCUGGUUCCUCCGCCUGGGGAUACCGACGUGCUGCCAUCUGCUAUUCUGUCAACAUUCUCACAGCCGAUAGCCGCGCACUUGCGUAUGCAUCGUCGCAUGCCGUUCUCUGAACUGGCGCCCGUGCAGCCUGCAGAUUCGCAAGGGCGCCGGCGGGCCAGUAACUCGAGUGAGUCGCUGUAUAUGGGGCCAAUGCCCGGCGAGUUUCGUGAGGCCAAGCCAAUGGAAAUCACACAGGUGCAGCGCGUGCGCAAUCGCUCAAACGAGGAUGCCAUGGCCAGCGGCUGGGAUGUGUCGGUGGAAGUCGAUGAUAUCGCAGUGGUUGUAACCAAGGAGCAGCUUGCAGGUAUUGCUGAUAUUGCGGAAGCGCUAGGCCUUGUGGCCAAGCAGCGUAGCCAAAGCCAGGAGGCAUGGGACAAGUACCAGAAGGCGUAUGGGGAACAGGUGUUAGAUGAGGCGACCGCGAAGCUUGCACGAUGGGUCAGCCUGAAAUGCCGCCAUAUCUAUAUGGCUGUGGUCCCCACAGAGUCUGCAGCCGUGAAUGACUGGCACAAGGGCAGUUUGGCUGUACUAAGGCUGAAGCUCGAGGCAGUCAAGCACAUCGGUGUGUAUAUGAAGCGUAUCGGUACGCGCUGGGAGAGCUCGGCAGUGGGUUCGCAGACCAGCAGCAAGAAUGACUCACCGGUGUACCUGGACACAGAGUUUUGGGCUGAGAAAACGCGCGGAACAGCGCAGACAGCCACGUCGAGUGUGGCAGUGACAACGGCGUAUGUCAGACAACUCAGUAUUUACGACAGUGAUCCGAGCGCCCGACCGGUGGUUCAGCCGCUGAUCAGCAUUGACCGCUCACUGGUGGAGACCAAGGGAAACUCUGAAAUGUAUGACAUCUGGGCCUGUAAACGCGAUUGCGAUGCUGUACUGAGCAUUAAUAUCGGGCCCGUCUGUUUCAUUGCCAACAAGGAGUUAGCUGACCGGCUGAGUGCAUACCGCGGGCUGUUUGACAAUCUCCCGCUGAACUCUCAAGCUGCAUCGUCUGCGCAAACCCCGAUGCACGCUGGUGUGGUAGCCCAGAGCAUUGCCGGUGAUAUUGAUAGGCUGAUGGGCGAGCUUAAUGCCAGUGCUGAGGACAAGGCACCCUCGAAUAUCGCCGUGUGCAGCCCGCUGAUUCGCACAUGGAUUCAGCUUCCUACCACUGCAGCCAAACACAGUGGCUCGCGCAAGGACGAAGCCAGCGGCCAUUUCUGUGUAGACUUCAUCGAUGCUGUUAUCACAAACGUUGUCAAGGGCACAGCCACUAGCAGCAGAGCUCGUGACGACGUGCCUGAUGGACAUAUGCGCGACCCACAUAUCCAGGAGCUGCUUGAGUCGCGCAAGAACGUCGCUGGGUCUGGCAUCCGGCUCGAAUGCGAGGAACUCCGGGUGUCAGUGCAGGCAAUGGAGGGAAGCAGCAAGCUCGAGCAUAUUGGAUCCGUGCAUGAGCCAAGCGACCGGCAGGGGUCUGGAUCGAUUCCACGGCCACAUAUCGAGGUCACGACAGUCCCCAGACCGCUGCAUGGCGAGCGAGGCAGUACCAAACGGCCGCCUGCCUUUGACGCCUUUUCUUCUGUGGACGACGAUAUUCGAGUUCGCAUGGCGCCUGAAUCCGAACAUUUAACAUCGAUUGACUUUGAGCGCAUGGCUGUCGAGCAAUCGCAAUUCAUUGUGUCGUGCCAUCUGCCGGAAAUCGAGGUUCAGCUGGGCCGCACUGCAUAUAAACGCAUUAAUGCCAUCAUUAACGAGUUCCUCGUUUGGCAGGCAAUGCAAGACGAGGAGGCAAAGGAGUCCGAGAGUCUUGGGGCACGGUUCUCUGUACUGGUAGAUAUGCCAGUGAUGCGGACCGAGGUCGAUACCAGUGACGAAGCGAGUGUGACGAUUGGGCAUGGAGCACAGCCCCGGAUCGAGCAGCGUAUCACAUUGCUGAGCACGCGAAUGUUCAUCACCAACGCGAUGAUUGAGUCGGGCCGCAUGUAUGUCAGCGGUGAGGCGAACCAAGUGCGGCUGUCAUCGUACAAAGACUCGAUGGAGGUCGACAUACCGCUGAGCCAUUCGUUUGCCACGCCCGCCGAUCCAAUGAGCACGCCCCAGGUGUCAGUGUACAUGCUGACCACGCCGUCGAUUACGCAAGAGACUGAGGUUGUACUGAAGACUGCGUGGACAACCUUCGAAUAUUCGCGAGAUUCAACAUGCCUGAGAGAUCUCGAGUCGUUCUUUGCAUCGACAGGCACGUCAGGGCUUGUCCAGCCGCCACCCAAGCCAAUGCGGCUGUCGCUGAAUGUGCGCAACACCUCGCUCCGGUGGCAUCCAAACCAAAGGUCUCUGCGCAGCGCAGUGAUCUCUCUUGACAGCCUGGCAGUGAUCGUUGGGCUUAAUCUUCCGGGCCCAGAUCGCGACCGGGAGAAGCUCCGCUACUAUAUUGAAGGCUUAACAGUACUGGGCCAGGCUGAAGGGUCGCAUACAGGGAUUCCGUCGCCCGUAUCCAGCGAUAUGUGGGUUGAGACGGGCCGUUUCUGGCGUGACUACGGAUAUGCGGUUCUGGUACAUGCGGACAUGAUAGAUGUCGGGUUCCGGACCAAAGAGGAGGACAUUGAGAUCAAGCUCGGUGGUCAGUCGCUGGUGGUUGACGCAUGCGCGGACUCAAUUGGUAUCUUGCCUGGGAUUCUGCAGAGCCUAGUGCGCGAUAUCAAGGGCGAGGAGCCAGAGGUGGUCCAGCAGGAGAAGAAGGUUCGUAGGGCGAAGCGUGCAGAGCGCCAGGCGAAUCCGCAGGUUCUUGAACAGGCCACUGACGAUAUCUUUGGAGAUAUUGAAGAUGAUGCAUUUUCAGCGCCGCCCGUUCCCCAUCGGGAUGUGCAAGACGACUACGACUUUACGUAUGAUUUUGAGCACGGCCGCGAUGAUGUCGGAAAGCUGAUGGAAGGGUAUUUUGCACCACAUCAGCAGCCUGACACUAUCGAGGAAUAUGAGGUGGUGGGGGGUGGAGCAAUGCCUCCGGCACCGCCACGGCCUGCCGAUGCCGGCUACCCGAGCUACUCGCGGAGCUCCAAGGGCAAAGAGCCAUUGGUAGAUGUCGAUAGCAUGAGUAGUACCAGCGGACUCUCGAGUGACGAGGAUGGUGUCUUUGGCUACUCGAGGUCGGCCAGAAGACGGUUCUCGGGGCAGCGGGAAUUUUCAGCCGACGACAUACGAGUAGCACACCCUGACUCAGUGACUUCUUCGGUCCAUGGCAUUCAGCUGCCGCCGCAGCCGCAGAUACUGACGGAGACAUCCGGUGAUGUGGUCAAAGUGUCUGUGGAUAGUGGUGAUGAGAAAGGCGCCCUUGAUGACAAGUUCGAGAUCAUCGACAAUUACUUUGCCGUGCCUGCGCCUGGCGAGCUCUCAGAGGACAAUCCUCUGGAGGGCACCACUGAUCGCAUUCUGACAGCUGCAUUGGAUGUUGCCAAGGUUGAGAUCAAUCUGCAUUCGGGGCAAGACUGGUACGAUUCAGUUUCAAGUCCACGGCCGCGCAACUCGCCGUCCGAUGCACUGUUUUUGCCAUCGUAUCUGGAUGAGCUGAACGAUGCACCCAACUCUAUGCAGUCUUCAGCAUAUGGUCGCACAUCGCUGAGUCUGCCUGAGGCGCGCGGCCUGCCAGUAUCGCCUAAACGGUCACCUCGCCUGCCUAUGCGGCGGUCAGUGAAGCCCAAGGUCCGGCUGCGUGCAACCCAGGUACAUGUCGAGUUCGACAUGUUUGCAGAGUCAUCUGCCCUUUCAUACGACCUCGGGUUGAGCAUUGGUCUUUUGGAGGUGCUGGACGAGGUCGAAUCGUCAGAGUGGUCGAAGAUGCUGACGCGGCGGAGGGACCCAAAGACAGGACUGCCUGCGUCGCUGCAUUCCCUGGCAAACGCGCGCAACCGACAGCUGUUUACUGCAGGAACAGCCGACUCGGACCGGGUGACCAGCGGGUGGGCGUGGUGGGCCAGCAGGUGGAAGGAAUCGAGUGCCGAGCCUAUGGUGUGCGUGCGCAUCGAGGCUGUGCGGCCGUAUGCUGGUGUAGAGACCGAGGAGCUGCGUAUGGACGUCGAGAUAUGCCCGAUCCGCUGCUACAUCCACCAGGAGGCACUGGAUUUUAUUCUGUCGUUCUUUGAAGAGGCCGAGCGCAACCAAACUAAGCAGGUGAAGCAGGGGACUGCGAAGCAGCUGUAUUUCCAGAUUGUGCGAGUUGCUCCUUUGAAUGUCAUCUUCGACUACAAGCCCCGACGGAUCCGUGCUAACCCACCGUCGCCCGGGCUCAGCAGCACGGCCAAGCAGAAGCCGGCAAUGGAGCUUUUGAACUUUUUCCCGCUGGAGGAUGCCGAGAUGACACUGAACACGGUCAAGGUGCGUGGGGUUGCUGGGAUUGCAAAGUUGGUGAGAGGGCUAGGUAAUGCGUGGCUGCCACAUCUGACCCAGACGCAGAUUCCCGGGGUGGUGUCGGGUGUGACGCCGAUCCGGUCGCUGGUAAACCUGGGGUCGGGUGUGGCGGACUUGGUAAUCCUGCCGUUGGAGCAGUACCGCAAGGACGGCCGGCUUGUGCAGGGCAUCAAGCGCGGUGCCAAGUCGUUUGCCCGCACCACUGCUCUGGAGGCGAUCCAGCUCGGCGCCAAGGUCGCUGUCAACACACAGACGCUUUUGGAGCAGGCAGGCGACAUCCUGAAUGUUGAUGUGGGCGGGGAGCUGGAGGAGAUCGAGGUCGAUCUCAACGACUGGCCCGACUAUGUAUCGGAGCAGAGCUCGAGCACUGCGGCUGCGGCACGACGCGGCAGCUUCGGCACCAGCAAGUAUGCGCGGCAGCCGGAGAAUAUCAGCGAUGGUGUGAAGCAGGCGUACGCAAGCCUGAGGAGCAAUGUGGGUGAUGCUGUGCAGACCAUCUUGGCGAUUCCGGUGGUGGUGCAGGAGGACGAGGAGGAUGAGGGCCGAUCGGCAGUGCAUGGAUCGGUGAGGGCGGUGGUGCGGGCAGUGCCGGUUGCGGUGCUGAAGCCGAUGAUUGGCGCGACCGAGGCUGUAUCCAAGACCCUGCUGGGGCUGCGCAAUACGAUGGAGCCCGCCAGGCGCGGCCAGCUGGAGGACAAGUACAAGAACCGCAGACUGAGCGCGAAGAAGUCGUAUCCGCUGUGAAGCGUCUGGAGGAGCAUCAGCGAGAUUAGAGAUCAACUCAGAUUUUUCCCCCACAGCCUAGAAUAUUUUUUGCGGUGUUAUCUGGAGCGCCAGAUCGCAGAGCCUGCGCGGUGUGGAUUGAGUGUCCGACUGCUGCUUUUUUAGAUAGUCCCAAGGAGAAAAAGCGGUGUGUUUCAAAUUCAA